GUCCAGAUCUCCCAGAGAUAGGGAUAGAAGGGAGAAGGAACCAAGAGAUAGAGAAAGAUCAGAAAGGGAAAGAGAUCGUGGGGAUAGAGAACGCGGAGACAGGGAACGAAGUGAUAGAGAAAGAGGGGAUAGGGAACGAGUGGAUAGGGAAAGAGUGGAUAGGGAACGAGGUGAAAGGGACAGGGAAAGAAGAAUUAAAAAGGAAAAAAGAUCUCGAACCCGGUCUCCACGUCAUAAAAAGAGUCGGCGAGAUCGGCGUGAAAAACGUGAAGGUGACCCAGACACACCUGAGGAUGGAAAUCUUAAUGUUAAGGAUGAGCCCCAGGAGAAGGGUGAAAAGGUCGUAGCUCCGACAGAGCAAGAAUAAUUUUGACCAGUUCCGUCACUUUUGUACAUUAUCAAUUAUCAUUUGUUGAUUUAAAUUUUUUUAAGUUAACACAAAUAAUGAAUUGACAACCAUUUAAUAUCUUGUGUUCAUUGAAUCAUUUGACAAGAUGUCGUCUUACAUCCUAUAACAUAAACUUUGUAUUUUUUCAGUUUCAAUAAACGUUAAACCUGUUUAAA